UAAUUAUUUUCUUAGGUUUUCUCUCCAACCACUUAAUUUUUUCUGGCAAAUACAGCCUUACCCUUUCCAAGGCUGACAAUGUCCCAAUUUUUUUUUUAUAUUUUAAACCAAAACUCCCAAAACGGGAAUCUUCUUAUCAAACGAUAGCCACGAAAUGGAAGUUGUGGGAACAAUGAGCCUUAUUGCCCAAGCUCCCGCCGGAGCUUUAUCGGCGACUCAUCGUUGUUCCCUCACAUUCACCCAUCCAGUUCCUCCCCUUUUCUCCCAUCGUCGGCCCACUCAAAUUUCCACUAAAAACCCAAUUCACGGCUCAAAAAAUGGACCAAAACCCAUCACUCUAGCUAAUGCAGAGUCUUCUUCUUCCGGCGCCGGUGCACCUCGUGAAGCUUCGACUGCUACUACUAGUACUGCUGGAUCGUCUAAUUCCAGUAAUGGGUCAGCUUCUUUUAGCCCAGAGGAUUCGAUUUCCUUCGUGGGUCAAGAUAGUGUUCCUCUGGAAGGUGUUAUUCAGUUUGAGAAACCCGAUUCUAAUUCGAUUAGUGAUAAAAUCAAUAAAUGGGGUUGGGUGGCGUUGUUAGCUGGUGGAGAUGUUGCGGUUUUGUUGUUGUUCUCUGCGAUUGGAAGGUUCAGUCAUGGGUUCACUGUUUUUGACCCCGAAACACUGCGAACUGCUGACCCUUUCAUUGCUGGUUGGUUUUUGAGUGCGUAUUUCCUUGGAGGAUUUGGGGAGGAUGGUAAAGGAAAGAAUGGUCUGUUUAAGGCUUUCAUUGCUGCUACUAAAUCAUGGUCAUUAGGCAUUCCGGUGGGUAUAGCUCUAAGGGCUGCCUCUGUGGGUCAUAUACCACCAGUCAACUUCAUAAUAGUUACCAUGGGGAGUACUGCUGUAUUACUCAUUGGAUGGAGGACACUCUUGUUCAGCAUUUUACCAACAGACAAGCUGAAGAAGAAUGAUGUUUAUAAGAGUGGAAACCCUUUUGAAUUUCUUGAGUUGCUGACAUCAUUGGUAAGAAGAUGGUGAUUGUGUGGUAGCAGUGCAGGUGACGUGGUAUUAUUGAUUAUAUUCUAACGGAAAUUUUCUAGUAUGUACAUGUCAUUUCUCAUUAUAAGUAGAUCAAUGUAGUUCGUUCGUCUGAGUAACAGUGGAAGAAAAUACAGUUUCCAUCCAUUCCUCAAUAAACUACAGGUUACUUAGAUAGUGUUUGGCCAUACAUCCCAAAUACUUUUGAGAAAUCAGAUUAAAUUGGUGCAUGAAAAUG